CCUGUGACGCUGCAGUCCGGUGAUGGCCGCGGUCGAGCUGGCAGGAGCGGAGAAGACGAACCAAAACAAAGGCGGUUUUGACCAUUUCUGUGUUGUUGUCUUCAUUCCUGCGGAGGCUACGCGGUUCAUCUGACUCCAGACCGACGGCUUAGUUGAUCAUAUUUGCAGUUUGAGAGCUUUAUGUUGGGUUUCUGGGCACGUUUUUUUGUGCUCCGUGUCGCGGCGGCGGCGGCUCCGCUUUCACCGCAGACAGCGCUCGUUUAGCGGCUGCUGAUGAAGGUCCGUUAACCCGGGGCUAACAUCUCUCAUGCCUGUCGGGCUGGAGUGUCUCUGUGGAGGAGCAGGAGUUUAAUAACCAGCCGUCCGCCGUUUCAGCUCCGCCUGUUCCCGGUUACCGGGUGUCGGAGAGAGUCAAAUGUCCUGGCUGGGCGGUUUGAGCUCCGGGCUCGGUCAGUCCCUCGGCCAGGUUGGAGGAAGCCUGUCCUCCUUCACCGGCCAGAUCUCCAAUUUCACCAAAGACAUCCUGCUGGAAGGGACCGAAGAAGUCGGAGAUGCUGCCACUGAGCUACAGGUGUCCAACUCUAAGCUGGCAGAACUGGAGGGUUCAUUUGCUACGCAGAAAUCUGAGUAUGAGCGUCUGAGGAGGAUAAAUGCUGAGCUGGAGGAGAAGUUGGAGGCAGCAGAGAUCCAGGUCAAACAGCAGUCACUGGAGUACAGGACUCUCCUGCAGCAGAAAGAGGUGGAGAUCAGCCAUCUGAAAGCCCGCCAAAACACUUUACAGGACGAAGUCCAGAAGCUCAGAAGCUCCAGCCAGGACAUCACCUCUUCCACCUCUGGCCCUGCUGUGCUUCCUGUGACCACUGGUGCCACCACUACAAGUUCCUCUUCCUACCUGUCUCGUGCCUCAUCUUCCCAUCAUGGUUUCCAUGGAGAUGAAGUGGACCUGAGCGAUGUCCUGUGGUCACAGCAGGAAAUCAACCGGCUGUCCAGUGAGGUGCAUCGUCUGGAGGCAGACGUGGCCCACUGGAGGAGAGUAGCCCAGGCUUCGAAAGUACCAGGAGCAGAAAAUGGAGACCAGGGGGAAAUCCUGAAACUGCAGAGGACCAUCAAAGAACUGCGGGAGGCGCUGGGCAGGGAGGUUGAUGAGCACCAGCAUGAACUGGCAGCGUUACAGGAUGCCCAUCGUCAGAAACUGUCCGACAUUACGAAACGGCACAGAGAGGAGCUGGCGGAGUAUGAGGAGAGGAUAGAGGAGCUGGAGGAGCAAAUUCAAAGUGGAGGGGCUGCCACAGUCACCGCUCCAUCAUCACCACAGGAUUCCUCCAGACUCGAGGAGUUACAGGCCACUAUUCAUUCUCUGCUAGAAGAGGCAGGGCUUCACAAGGCUAAGCAUGAUGAGCUAAUGGCCAGUCUUGAGGAGUCUGAACAUCUGAGGGCAGCAUUACAACGUGAGAAGGAGGAGGCCAAGGCGGAGAACGCAGAACUUCUGCAGAAUUACAGUCGUCUCCAGAGUUCCGUCAGUGAACUUCAGACUCGUGUACAGGAGCAGGAGGGCAAAGCCAUGUUCAAAGCCCAGCAGGACAAUGAGAUCCAAGCCUUGAGGAAAGCACUUGCAGCUGCUGAAAAAGAGAUAUCCAGAUUGAAGUCCAGUGAUGCUGAACCGAAGGCGGACGUUGAGCAUGCUGAUAUUCUGGAGCUCAACACAAUUAUCGGUACCUUAAGACAAGAGAAAGAGGAUAUAGAGAAAGAGAAGUUGGCUUUGGUUGAGAAAGUAAAGCUAGCAGAGGAAAGAGAGCAUUUGAUUCAAACUGAGGACCUGCAGCAGGAGGUUUCAGACUUGAAGACCCAGGUGGAUCAGAGAGAGCAGUCUCUAAAGCAAGCACAUCUCGACAUGGACACGCUCACAGCUGAGCUGGAGGAACUUGACCGCCAGAACCAAGAGGCGACACAGCAUCUCAUCACUCUGAAAGAUCAGCUUGCUGCGCAAAAAUCUCAGGCAGAAGCUGAAGUUACCCGUCUAAAAUCUGAGCUUUCAGACUCUCACAAUCAAAAGGAGGCACUGCAUCAAGAGCUGGAGGCUCAGAAGCAGAAGCUCAGCCAGAGUGCCUUUACCCUCAACGACCUGCACAUGGGAAAACAACAACUGGAAUCCACAGUGAAAGAGCUGAGAGAUAAACUCAGCAAGUCUCAGGAGCUUGGAAAAGAGGCACGCCUUGAGGCCUCUGACCUGAAGAAGCUUCUGCAGGAAAAGGAAGCCCAUCUUUCUGCUGUUCAUGAGGAGCUUAGUCAUGCAGGAGAGCAGGGAACUGAAGUUGAAAGUCAAAGGAAGCAUUUGGCAGAGAAAGAUAAAGAGAUCCAGGACUUGAGAAAAGAGGUGGCAGAGUUGAAGGUCUCGUGUGAGAAAAGGUCAUCAGAGGACUUUGAUUUGAAGAUAGAGAACAGGAAGUUGAAAGAAGAGAGUGUUCAGGCUCUUGAGAAAGUGGAGAAUCUGGACCGGCAGUUACGGGACAGCCAAACCUCUCUCAACAGAGUUCUCUUGGAGAAGGACACGCGCAUUGAGGCAUUGAAACUGGAGAAGAGCCAGCUAGAAGGCGAGCUGAAUCAGUUAGAGAAGCGGCUGUCUGAGCAGGCUAAGCAGUAUCAAGGGACCAUUGAAGAUCUGACCAGAGCCCGAUCUAUGGAUGCCUCUGCAUUGCAGAUGGAACACGAGCGAGCCGUGAAACUAAACCAAGAAAAAGACUUGAUGAUAGCAGAACUAAAGCGUGAGAUAGAGCAGAUGGCAUCUGACCACAAAGACACCAGUGAAAUGUUGGACAUUACUGUGGCUGGACAGAAGCAGCUUACAGAGCUUCUACAGGAGAAGGAUACUUUUGCAGCAUCGCUGAAAGCUCAAGCUGCUGAUGCACAGAGGGAGUUGGAGGCCAGCAUCUCGCAGGCAAAGCAAGAAGGUGAUGCCCUCAGGAAGUCAGUGGAGGACAAAGACAAGCAGCUCGGGGCCAUGAAGGAAGAGAACAGCCAUCUAAAGGAAGAAAUCGACCGUUUGCGGGACCAGCAGAGCAGACCACAGCUGAUGUCUGAACCAAAGACAUUGGACAUAAUCACUGAGCUGGAAACAGAGGUUGCACAGCUCAAAGCAGCCAGAGACCAACUCCAGGAGGAGGCAGGAGCUUUAAGGAAGGCAUCAGAAGAGCAACGGGAAUCGCUUCUGCAAUGUCAGCACAGUCUACAGAUGCAACAGAGUGAACUGGAGCAGGCUCGAUCAAGACAUGAGCAAAGCACUCUCAACUACGAAAGACUCAUUAGUGCCAAAGAUGAGGAAAUCUCGCGACUAGAGUCGGAGGUAGAAAGCUUUAGCAUGCAAAGACAGAGUCAACUCCAGACUGUGGACAUCCUUCAAGAGGACAAGACUCGUUCCCUCAGUGGCGAGAAUGGCAACGAGAAACACGACUUGUCGAAAGUGGAGAUUGAGAGGCUUGUGAAGGGUAUCAAGGAGAAGGAAACCGAGAUUAUCCAGCUGAACGAGAAGAAUCUUUCCUUGACCCAACAGCUGGAUCAGCUUGUUGUCUCUCGCGAUGAACUGGGCAAACUUUCACAGAUGGUGCUUCAGAAGGAUCUAGAAAUCCAAGCACUUCAUGCUCGGGUUUCGGGUGGACAUGGCCAGGAGGUUCUGUUACUCCAGCAGCAGAUACAAGCUUAUGCGGUGGAACGAGAACAAGUGCUUGCCGUGCUGAAUGAAAAAACACGUGAGAACAGUCAGCUGCGUUCAGAGUACCAUCGCAUCAUGGAUAUUGUUGCUGCCAAAGAAGCUGCUCUGCUUAAACUUCAGCAGGAAAACCAGCGCCUGUCCACCAUGAGUGACCCUUCAGGCAGUCAGGAAAUGUUCAGAGAAACUAUUCAGAACUUGUCUCGAAUCAUCCGCGAGAAGGACAUAGAGAUUGACGCCCUUACACAGAAGUGCCAAACGUUGGUCACUGUCCUCCAGUCUUCCAGUGGAGAUUCAGGAAAUGGUGGUCAGGGUGGUGUGAGCAGCAAUCAGUUUGAGGAACUCUUGCAGGAGCGGGACACCCUGAAGCAGCAGGUCAAGAAGAUGGAUGAAUGGAAGCAACAGGUUAUCACGACUGUGAAGAACAUGCAGCACGAAUCUGCCCAGCUACAGGAGGAGCUUCUUAAGCUGCAAGGGCAGGUGUCCGCUGACAGCGACUGCAGCUCCAAACUCUCUGUCGACUACACCAGACUCAUCCAGAGCUAUGAGCAGAAGGAGAGAAGACUGGGUAGUUUGAGUCAAGAGCUUGCUCACGUUCAGCAGACCAUCAGCCAGCUUAGUAGUACCAAAGAUGUCCUGCUUGGAAAACUGGACAGUUUUACUCAGGCCCCAGAAGUUUCCACACCAUCUAUCCAGGUUGCUGAACAUUUCCAGGUUUCUGUUGCGUCUCCAAGCCUGCGGGGAGCAGCACCACCCAUCCAAGGCGAGAGUUUACGGCAAGAAUUGGAGGCCUUACAGAGAGCUCUAGCGGAGAAGGAGAGUAUGAUCAGAACGCUUCAGGAGAUUAACCAUCGCUUGUCGAAUUCCGCAUCUUUGUCGGAGAGUGAACAGAGAGGCCAUGCAGAGGAGCUGAGGCAGGCGCGUGAGAGGAUUGACACUCUACAGCGAUCCCUCAGGGAAAAAGACCUGCUCAUCAAGACCAAGGGGGACCAGCUGAGCCAGGUCAGUGAAAAUCUGAGAAAUCGAGAGAACGAUAAUGAGGUUUUGAAGCAGGCGGUCACAAACCUGAAGGAGCGUGCGCUGAUCCUGGAGCUGGACGUGAAGAAGCUGAAAGAGGAGAAUGAAGCCGUGGCUGUGAAAUCGCGAGAGAAAGAGACGGAGUUCCGAGCUCUGCAGGAGACCAACAUGCAGGUGUCGCUGUUGCUGCGGGAGCGAGAGUUUGAGUGGAAAGCAGUGAGCGAGAAGGCUGCAGCCAUGGAGAAGUUGCUCAAAGAUCGAGAGCAGGGUAAGUCUGGGGAGCUCAACCAGCUGCUGAAUGAGGUGAGAUCCAUGCAGGAGAAAGCGAUAGCGUUCCAGCAGGAGAGAGACCAAGUGAUGAUGGCUCUAAAACAGAAGCAGAUGGAGACGUCAGCCCUGCAGAGUGAGCUGCAGCAUACAAAGGACAAGGAGCAGAGACAGAAGCUGGAGUUGGAGCGCUUGCGGAAUCACCUGCUGGAGAUUGAGGACUCAUACACACGAGAGGCGCUGGCAGCCGAGGACCGUGAAAGUGAGCUCAGACGCAGGGUGGCAAUGCUGGAGGAGAAGCUGGCAUCAUCUUGCAGCGCUGUGGAGAGUGCCAGUCAGCAGGCCAGUCUGCAGGUGGAGUCUCUUCAGGAGCAGCUGAAUGGUGUAGUCAGGCAAAGGGAUGAAGCCUUGCUCCAGCUCCAUGCUGCUCAGGAGCAGACCAACCAGUAUGCAGUGUCUCUCGCCAACCUGCAGAUGGUGCUAGAGCAGUUUCAGCAAGAGGAGAAAGCCAUGUACUCAGCAGAGCUGGAGAAGCACAAGAAAGAGAAAGAGGAAUGGCGAAGGAAAGCAGAGGCUCUGGAGGACAGAGCUUCUGCCUUGCAGCUGAAUCUGGACGAGGCCAACACUGCUUUAGAGUCAGCUUCUCGGCUUACUGACCAGCUGGACCUGAAGGAGGAGCAGAUUGAGGACCUGAAGAAACAGGUGGAGGUGAGGCAGGAGAUGCUGGAUGACACCCAGCAAAAGCUGACCAACCUUCUCAACAGCACAGAAGGCAAAGUGGACAAGAUACUAAUGAAGAAUCUCUUUUUGGGCUAUUUCCACACCCCUCUAAACAAACGUUCUGAAGUGCUGAGGCUUAUGGGAAGUGUGCUUGGAUUGGAACAAGACGAAGUGGAGAAGAUUUUAGAUGAUGAAGGGAAGAAAGGGGUGACUGGUUGGGUGUCUGGCUGGUUGGGUGGUAGUCGAGCGGUACAGAGUGUCCCCAACACACCCCAAAGACCCACACACACCCAAAACCUCAACGGGUCUUUCUCUGAGAUGUUCGUCAGAUUCCUGGAAGUGGAGUCCAGUCCAGCAGCUCCUGCACCUAAACUGCCUGUUUAUGACAUCAAGCCCCUGAGUGCACCCCCUUCUGGCCGGAGUACUGCAGCCACAAAUGCAGCAGGUACUGCGGGUCCCAGUAAGCGCAGCGGGGAGUCCAACCCGUUCCUCGCCCCUCGUUCUGCAGCCAUCCCUCUGUUGACCCCCGGUGCUCCAGGCGGCGGUGGACCUGCGAGCGGUCACCUGCUCAUGAAGCCCAUCUCGGACGCUCUUCCCAGCUUCACGCCCAUGCCUGUGUCUGCUGAGGCCAGCGCAGGGGCCGUCCUCAAAGACCUGCUUAAGCAGUGAGUGGCCACUGAAACUGCCACUCGGAGCACUUUAACCAGUCAGCACACAAGAGACACUACAAAGUCCCGGCUGGACGGUGAGGACGCUCAUCAGGCCUUCAUGGUGAUGGCACAUCACGGAAGGAUAAUUGACUAGACGGCUGAUAUAUAUAUAUAAUGUUCUUGCUGUUGUAACGAACCUUGAAUCUCCAAAAUUGUAACUUUACAAGAAACACCACAAACUUUGAGACCUGAUGAUUUGAUUCCAGAUCACUUGGGCUCAUUUCUGUUGAUCCUUUCAUCAUGAACAGUUCACACAGUGCAAAGGCUAGUCGCUGUUUUCAAAAUGACUGUGAACGUUUAAAGUCCUGUGCAGAAGUUUUAGGCCAUCUGAGAAAAUUCUACAUAAAGCUAUUUAUAUGAGCAGCAAGUGUUUUUUCAAAAGGAAGGAAAUACAAAUAACCCAUACGUUGUGAUUUGAUGAGUGAUGGCAUGACCACUUUCACAUCUCAUACCUCGUUCAUCUAAUCAGUCCUGAAUCCCGUCAAAUCAGAUGGUGUAGAACAAAUCCAGAGUCUGGAGAGAAGUCAGGAACCAAACCCGUGUUCUUCUAACUGAAUUCUUCCAACCUAUUUAUUCUGUUUCUACGAGCUGAAAUGCGUUUAUUGCUGAGAUGAAUAGCAUUAAGCAUUUUUCUGCCUAAGAGUUUUGCACAGUACUUUAUAUACAGCCUCAAGGUUUUGGCGCAUCUGGUCAAAUUACACGUUUUGUUGAUUUUCUAAGUUAAAAUGAGUUAGCAGAUCUUCAGAGAACAAAAACUGAAUUUAACAUUGAGAAAGAAGUCUAAAAAAUGAAAAAAUGUGGCCUGUGAAAAAGUAAAUUCUGUGCUAAAAUUUGCAGGAAAAAUGAAGAAAAUCAACAAAAAGUGUUACCUGACCAGGGGUCUUCAGACUUAUAUAACUGUAUACAGAUUAAAAUCAUAUGGAACAGAAUACCAGUAUUGCGAUAUUGCAGUAUAAUAAAAAACAUGAUAUGGUUAAAGAUUAAGUGACCAUUAAUUGACCAAACUAAUAGAUUUUUGUUGAAUUACGCAAUUACACCCGCAGAAGCUGAUCUGGAUCAGUGAGUCUGGGAUCCUUUUGGGAAACUGGAGCAUAAUUUGACCAAACCGGGGUGCGAGUUAUGCAGAGAGGCGCAGAGAGUUGGGAGAACGGGAAGAUAACUUGCAUGAAAACUCCUCCGACGUUAUCUCGCCGCUCUUGUUGCGUUUGUUUGCCGUCUGUAAUCAGAAGUGUUUAUCGGGUUUGUAAUCAUCAGGGUGAUAUAUUUUUUUAUUUAAACUACAUUUGCUCUUUAUCUGCAGAGGAUAAUUUGGUUAAAGAUGGUCCGAUGCCAUCUGGCUCCUGCGCGCCUGUGGGAUUUAUUAGACCCUUUCCGCAUCUGUGAAAACCAUACAAAUCGCUCUGCUAAAUAUUCCCCACUUUUCUUCUCUUUUCUUUCUUUCCGGAUGACUCUGAGCGUGUCGGUUACAGUAAUCGCUAUAAUGGACGGUCGUGGUUUGAUGACUGAAUAUUAGACUUCUGCUCUGUAAAUCUAUACUUUAUAAAUAUGUAGUUAUAUAUGAAAAUCAUUUGUAUUUUUCACUAUUUCUAUCACUUGGGAAGUGGAAGAAAAUUCGUAAAUCCGACAUGGAGGUGUAAGAAACCCGUACUGUGUGUGUGUGUGUGUGUGUGUGUGUGUGUGUGUGUAUAUACACAAAACCUGAAAAAAGUAUUCCAUUUUCAUAAUGAAGGCUCAGAUUCUCUGUAAAUGUAGCUGUACAUUUUUAAAGAAACAAUAAAAUUGGAAGGCACUAUAUUUAAAUACCCACCAAAAAUAAAACGGAAGAAAUAAUUGGCAGUAAUCGCUUUUUUGCCCCUGUAAAGAGAGCAUAUUUUAUGAAUUAUGGGCUCAGUUGGUUUAUUACUUUAUGAAGUAAUAGUUUGGGUUAUAUUAAUUUAAGUUUGGGUUAUAUUAAUUUAAGUUCUGAGAGGUUUUUAAAAGAUGUGUUUAAAGUUUAUAAAUCUUUUGGGGUUUGGGACACAGCCUGUGGGUUGAAUUUGUCACUCUUAGUGUUUGUUACAUCGUGCAGAAAUAAAAAUCUCUGCAAACGCAAACAUGCUGAGCUUUUAUGAUUAA